UAAUUAAAAGAUUUGUUAUUUUAGUCUGUGCGGUGGAAACCUCGUCUCGAUAUAAUUAAUUACAAAUUAUUAAUAAAAAAAAAAAAAAUUUUCUCUCUAUUUAUAACAAGUGAAUUAUUAUCAUAACAAUGAAAGUGUCAAUAUUUUUAGUAAUGUUGAUAUUGAUAUUUUUUUAUUUUUCGGAAAUUAGAAGCCAUGGAAUGUUAAUGCAACCGGUGAAUAGGGGGAGUGCCUGGAGAGAAGGAUUUAGUACCCCUAUUAAUUAUGAUGAUAAUGCUAAUUAUUGUGGAGGAUUUAGUGUUCAAUAUGCAGUAAAUAAUGGAAAAUGUGGUCUUUGCGGAGAUAAUUAUGCAAUUAAGCGACCGAGACCUAAUGAAAAUAAUGGUUACUAUGGAAAAGGUGUUAUUGUUAAAAGAUACCAAGCAGGAGAUAAAAUUGAAUUAAUUGUUCGAAUCACUGCCAAUCAUAUUGGAUAUUUUCAAUUUGCAAUUUGUCCAUUGAAAAAUACAAAAGACAUUGAGACUGAGGCAUGCUUUAAAAAAUAUCCAAUAAUUUUAAUGAACAACAAAGAUAGAUAUAUGGUGCCUGUGGGAUUAGUUGGAUUAAUCAAAAUAAAAGCAUAUCUACCAAAAAAUCUCACCUGUGAACAUUGUGUUUUACGAUGGCAUUAUAGAGCCGGAAAUAAUUGGGGAAUUUGUAAAAAUGGCAAAGGUGCAUUGGGUUGCGGUAGUCAAGAAACAUUUCGAACUUGUUCCGAUAUUGCAAUUGAUCCUUAAUAACAAUUUUCUCAAUAAAUUUAUUUUAUGUAUAAUAAAAAAAA